UCUUCGCUGUUUGGAGCGUUACUAGACCCACAGCACUUUUAAGGUUCUGCCCUUCUCCAGCAGAAUAGCAAGUGGGUUCCCAGCCCUGGUCCUGGACCACCACAUUAAAACUGGUUAGGACCGAGGGUUCUCCAGGACCAAGGCUGGGAACCGGGGCUCUAGGAGAUCAUGUAGAACCCGUAAAGCAGCAGUGAGGUCAUGGUUAAAAACCCUUGAUCACUGCGUUCUUUGUAAAUCUCCACACCAGAGUGUUUCCUCAUCAGCGGAACUUCCAAGUAGAACCUUUGAUUAUUGAGAGAACCCUUGGGGUGGGGGGAAUAGAAUUCUGACUCUGUGUUUAUAUUUAGGUAAAAAUAACAUGAGGGAAUAAUUCAGUGUUUCAGCAGGGCAGGGCACCGGUCGUCUUUCAGAGCUGAUCUACAGCAAACGUUAUUUGCUGUAACGUUAGUAACAGAGUUAUUUUCCCUCAGCUGCUCCUACUCACUGUUUUAUUUAAAGAAUUUAAAGAGUUAGCUCACUUCUACUUCUAGCUGGAUUUGUAGCCAUUUGGAAACCAGCAACUGCUGAAUAUUUGUGAUUAAACACCGACCACAAACCCUGCUGCUGUGUAAACACACACUUCAUGUUGAUUUGUUGCUCAGGUGGGUGGAGCCUCCAUGUCAGCUGGUGUCGAUGUCAUGUCAAGUGCCCUAGUGUGGUUCACUUGUCCCCUCUGAGUGCACUUCAAGCAGCUCGGGCGGCGCUCGGCUAAACAUGAAAGAGAUUGGGAAAUGUGACACCGAUGAUGGACACCUGUCAGUUGUGCAUGUUUAUAGGGUCAAAGAUUUACGAUAGUGCUCUAUACACACACACAUACACACACACACACACACAUACACACGCUCACACACACCUGUUGUGUUUUCAGGCCAGGCGGAGUUGUUGAGGCGUAACUCGAACUGGUGUUUCUGCUCCUCUAAGAACAUGAAUCUCAGACUCAGUUAAUACGAUAGGGUUCUAAAUUUAAUCCUGAGUCUUGAGUGUGUGUGUGUGUGUGUGUGUGUGUGUGUUUAAAGGUUUUACAUCCAGAGAAGAGUGUAUAUUUACUUUUGAACAGAUUUGAUCUAAAAGAGGUUUUUUUAAAACCACGUGUUCCAAUCUAGUUUUAUGUUAGAACAUUCAGCUCUGAGUCAUGUGACUCAGGGUUCUUUAAGGGUUCUUCAUUUCCCAAAAAGGGCUUUGUGAGUUCUUAUGAUACAUGUUAGAACCCUUUAGAGUGCUCACUCUUACAAAAAAAGGGGACGGGGGGUUCCUGUGGUUUCUUUAACGGACUGUGUAAAAAUUUAAGGUUCUUAGGUUCCUAAAAUGGUUCGACUCGGAACCCUUUCCAACAGGGAAGCAUUCUGAAGCUCUGAAGAAAUGUUCCACUAGCGGGGAAACUAAAGAACCUUUAAAGAGUGUAGGGUCACAUCGUGUUUAUGUGUUCAGUAUGUUAAUACAAGUGUGCGUGUGUGUGUGUGUGCGCGCUCAUGUGUGUGUGGAUCUGAAAGGAAGAUCCCUAUUUUCUGUCCCGGGAGAAUUAUUAUAUAACAGAAUCGAUUCGUGGAAUCGACUCUUUUGAUUUGUAUCACCUGGAGUCGCAAUUAGAGUCGGUGAUCAGAGCGCGUCCCUGGCGAUUGGAGCGCGUCCUCGGUGAUCAGAGCGCGUCCCUGGCGAUUGGAGCGCGUCCUCGGUGAUCAGAGCGCGUCCCUGGCGAUUGGAGCGCGUCCUCGGUGAUCAGAGCGCGUCUUCGGGGAUCAGAGCGCGUCCCUCGCGAUUGGAGCGCGUCCUCGGUGAUCAGAGCGCGUCCUUGGGGAUCAGAGCGCGUCCCUGGCGAUUGGAGCGCGUCCUCGGUGAUCAGAGCGCGUCCUCGGUGAUCAGAGCGCGUCCUCGGGGAUCAGAGCGCGUUCUCGGUGAUCAAAGCGCGUCCUCGGUGAUCAGAGCGCGUCCCUGGCGAUUGGAGCGCGUCCUCGGGGAUCAGAGCGCGUCUUCGGGGAUCAGAGCGCGUCCCUCGCGAUUGGAGCGCGUCCUCGGUGAUCAGAGCGCGUUCUCGGUGAUCAGAGGGGAUCAGAGCGCGUUCUCGGUGAUCAGAGGGGAUCAGAGCGCGUCCUCGGUGAUCAGAGCGCGUCCUCGGGGAUCAGAGCGCGUCCUCGGUGAUCAGAGCGCGUCCUCGGGGAUCAAAGCGCGUCUCCGUCGAUCUGAGAGUGUUUGGAUUUGUGCUGAGCAGCUAAGGAGACGCGUGUGUUAGAUUUACUGCCGUAUUUACAGAAACACACACUGAGAAACCAAGCUCGUGUCUGUUACUCGGUGGAUUUUACCGUGGACACGAUUCACCGGACGAGGAAAGAAGGAAUAACGGAAUAACUCAACUUUGGAAAUGAUUUUUGAUGAUGAAUCUUAUUUUGUUGAUUGUUUAUAACUUUCUUCUUGUUUGAUGAUCGCUGCCGAAAGAAGCUUUGCUCUAGAAGCCGCUUUAUUAGAUUUAUUUAUUUAUCUAUCUAUCUAUUUAUUUUUUUCCAAAUAAAGUUAGUGACAGUUAUUCAGACCACCAACAUAAACCCACGAAGUUAUCUUUAGACACAGUGAUAUUUACAAUGUUAUAGAAAAGUCAUAUACGUCACGUGACGUGAAUUUGUGCUCGCGCCUUGAGAAAACCGAGACUUUCUUUUUUACAUUUUGACACGUGCUGGAGAAAUGUGACACUUUUAAAAAAAGUGAUUUUUUUUUAGUUUGUUUUGGAGAAUCGUUCAUGAUAAAGUUCUGUCUGUUAUUUCAAGGCAAAUAAUAAUAAUAAUAAUAACAUUAAUAAUAAUAAUAAUAAUAAUAAUAUCAACAACAACAACAACAAUAAUAAUAACAACUAACAAUAAUAAUAAUAACUAACAAUAAUAAUAAUAAUAAUAAUAAUAAGACAAACAGAUAAAUCAAUAAGAAUAAAGUGCGUCUCGUGGAAGUAACUAAAUCUCUGGGAAUAAGAGCAGCUCUGGAGGCUGUGUGCUGGACUGAGAGCUGAUUUGCUGAUUUACUGAUUUGUGGAUGAAGAAGUGAUGAAGAUGAUGAUGAUGCCCGGACUUCCUGUAACAGUGUUGCUGAUCAGCUGUGGGUUUAGCUUUAGCUUUAGCACUCUGGGACCUGCACAGAAGGAGACUCAGAGCAUCACAGAUGUGUGUGAGCAGGUCAGUCCUCCGUGUGUGACAGAGGCGGAUCGUUACAGCCUGGAGGCGCUGCGUCACAUCCACCAGGAGAUGGACGAUGAUCAGGAUGGAGGGAUCGAGGUGGAGGAGAGUGUGGAGUUCAUUAUUGAGGACAUGCAGCAGCAGCAGACAAAUAAACACAGUAAACUGCACCACGAGGACCAGCACAUCACUGUGGAGGAGCUCUGGAGAGGCUGGAAGUCCUCAGAAGUUCAUAAUUGGACACAGGAAGAUGUGUUGCGCUGGCUGCGAGAGUUCGUGGAGUUGCCUCAAUAUGAGAAGAACUUUAAAGAGUUACGCGUAAAUGGAAACACACUGCCCAGGAUUGCAUCCAAUGAGCCAUCGUUCAUGAGCACCUACCUGAAGAUCCAGGACCAGCAGCACAAACACAAGCUGAAGCUCAAGGCGCUAGAUGUUGUGCUGUUUGGACCACCUACACGGCCACCACACAACUGGAUGAAGGAUCUCCUGCUCAUUGUGUCAGUAGUGAUGGGGUUGGGUGGAUGCUGGUUUGCUCAGGUGCAGAACAAAGCAUCAAAGGAGCACAUUUCCAAAAUGAUGAAAGAUCUGGAGAGCCUACAGAGAGCUGAGAAGAGUCUCAGAGACCUGCAGGAACAGCUGGAACGGGCCCAGGAGGAGAAGCGUACAGUAGCAGUGGAGAAGCAGUUUUUAGAGCAAAAAAUGAGGGAUGAGAUCCAGGGAGCUCAAGACGAGGCCAACCGACUUCAGGAGCUUCGCAAGGGUGCCGUGACUGAACUAAGUCGGCUGAGAUAUGCUGAGGAAGAACUUGAACAGAUUCGCGGGGCUUUGAAGAAGGCGGAGCAGGACAUGCAGACUAACUGCUCAGUGCCUGAGUCUCUGCAGUUGUGGCUUCAACUCACACAUGAGGUGGAGAUGCAGUACUACAAUGUCAAAAAGCAGAGUGCAGAACAGCAGUUGGCCACCGCCAAAGAUGAGGCAGAGAGAAUUAAGAAGAAGAGAAGUUCUGUUCUUGGUACCCUCCAAGUGGCUCACAGUUCCUCUUUAGAUGAAGUGGACCACAAGAUCUUACAGGCCAAAAAUGCCCUAGCGGAAGUGACAGCAUGUUUGCAGGAACGCCUGUACAGGUGGCAGCAGAUUGAGUUGUUGUGUGGAUUUGCCAUAAUGAACAAUGCUGGACUACCAAAACUCACUGCCACCUUGUAUCCUGAACCCAAAUGGAUGGUCCUGUCAAGAGCCACCAUGUCAUCCUACCAAAUGCCUGUAGGCAUUGAAGACAUGGAGGAUGGCAUGCCUUCCAUGAUGCCACAAAAAAUUCCUGUCACAGUUUCUCCACUGAAGCUUUCUCCUCGAUCGCUGGUCCGUUCUCGACGAGCUGGUCAUAUUGUCCAGCCACCUGUUAUUCUGCCACCUGAUCCUGAUCUUCUAAUCCCGAUUCGUCCUCCACUCCCUCGGUACGGUGAGGAGGAAGGAGAAGGAAUCAUUUUCCCUGCUAUUGCGAAACAAGAGUGUCUGGAGACAGCCUCCGAUCCUGAUCCUAUUGGAUCCACUGUUGGAAAAAAGUACACCAGCCCUGGACUGGAUACUUCACAUCGAAAACUAUACCGUGACAGCUUGGACCUUUUCUCUGAUAGUGUCACAAGUAAGAUUCAACUUGAUGGACAAGAGAUCAACCCUUUGCGCAAGAUAUCACGAGAGGAACUUGGGCAUCAUCUAAGGGGUGACUCUAGAAAAGUUUCACGUGAAGAAUUUCACGUUGAAUCCAAAACUAGAAAAUUAUCGAGGGAGGAACCUAAGGUGUCUGCCGAAGCUUUGGUGGGUCCUGUGAGUACGAAGGAACCUGAGGUUCCUGAUGAUUUCAAAAAGAUUCCAAGGAGUUUACCAAUAGAACCUAGUUAUUCCUCUAUUAAACUGUCCAUCAAGGAGAAAUUAGAUUCCCCUGUGGAACCUUACCUUGGAAUCAGAUACAUGGAUGAUGCUGAGGUAAAUGUGGGCAGUCUGCGACAAAAGAUGUUUAAAGAAAGGAAGGAUCCCUCAGAUGAGAUCCUGUUGAAAAUGAUACCGAAAGAUGAAUGUAUGACAUAUAUCCAAAGUGGAGAUCCUGCUCGAGAUUUUGAUGUACAGGUGGACAGUGCUUCACGAUUAAUGCUUAGAGAGGAAACUCAAAAAGGGCAUAAUCUGUUAUCGGACAAACCCCUAGACUCUGGUCUCACAAGCCCUUCCAGAGAUGAGCAUUAUGACUCGGUCUCAGUGGAGGGACAGAGAGUAAAGGUAAGAGAUUAUGAAGAGUUGCCCAAAGAAAAAAUUUACAGAAAGGUGCUAAGAGGUGAACCAGCUCUGUCCAUGAACAAGGGAAGGCUGUUUAGACGCAUUUCCACAGAUAGCACUUUUAGUAAAAAGGCAGAUGACUUGGAUGCUUCAAAGGAAACCCAGCGAUCAAUGUCUUUAAGAGAGAGAAGAGACAAUGCUGUAUCCAUGAAGCUCUGCAGAGAUGAGGAUGAUGUCACAGAGAGACAAAAACUGUUUCAGAAUAUCAGGCCAGACAAUACUUUGGACAUACCUAUAGAUAAAAUCCAGAGAGAUGUGGUAGAUGUGCCUGUGGAGACUGUCAGACCAAAGAUAUCCAAAGAUAAAGUUCUACUUCCAGACCCAGGUCACUUUAGCCAACCUGACCUUACAGUUGGCUCCUUAAUGCUCUGGACCCCACCCUCAGACCCCCUUAGCCAUCUAGUGUAUGAUGGUAUUUUAGAGAAGUCUUAUCAGAACCCUCUAAAUGUGACGAGUCCUGGAGAUCUCAGCCAUCCUGCCUCGCUGCCCUCAAUCUCCACCUCGUCCCAAAGCCUUGUGAGCAGUGAUGGCAGCAGUUCUACACAAUCAGGAAAUCUCUCGGCAGCAGAAUCCUGCAGUGGAAACAAAGGCAAGAAAUCUUUAAAGCUCAAGAACCUGUUCAAGAAAAAGAAGGAUAAGGAGAAAGAUAAAGACUCAAAACAAGAACAUCCACAAGGGGGUUUACAGAAGCUGUGAGUUUGAGUCGUAACAAGAACUCAUAGACUUAAGACUCAAUAAUCUUACACCUUCUGUUAAAUAUAUUAGGAAUCCAAUCUCUCCUGAUAUUGAAACAAAUUGUUAAGAUGCUUAUAGACCCUUUUUCUGUUAGUAAACACUGUGACAUUUUAUUUUGGGUGGAGCUUAGGUGGAGGCAGGAAGAUUUUCCUGCCCGCUUUACAAGCGGUAGUUAUCAAGUUUUGUUAGUUUGUUUUUAAACAAUGACUGGUCAAAUUCUAAAUUUAUCUGACUAUGUUAGGUCACUCACUGUCCAGGACUGUGAAUGUUAUUUGAAAAAUUUACCUUUAACGGACAAAACCAGAUUGGCCGACCCAAUUAGUACAUGCUCACUCGAUGGAUGAAUGAUGUGACGACAUGACCUCCGGUUGAGUGACCCGACAUCUACACCUAUCUGAUCAAGCACUUCUGGUAACUGUAGAAAGGGAGAUGAGACAGUUUCCUUUGCUUAGUCUAUGGUUGUUAGCUACCAGUUAGCUAACUUCCAUGCUAAAAAGUUAGCGUUACAUGAGACAUCACUUAACUUGUUCAUCAAUUUCUGAUGAGGUGGGCAUGCAUAAAAAAUAUUUAGCCACAUAACCAAACCAUAAACCACACCAACAACAAACAAGAGUUCCUUUUACCUUAUCUGAUAUGAAGUGUGUGCUGUAAACUCCAGUCCGCUUGUUUUAUCAAGUUUAACCACAGCUGUGGUCUGUUUUUUUGUCAGGCAGUGGCAGCAGGUAUGCGAUAAAACUUCCAAUUGGAGCCCCAUCCAUUCCGUAACACAACACAACAAGAUAACAUUUGCGUUUCUUGUGUAGCCAACUUCAUUCGAACAUUCGAGUUGCGAACCUUCACAGAUAUGAAUGGUCCUUGCAUUAUGAACAUUCGUGGAUGUGAACAAACAGCAGAAGUAGCUCACAUGUCUGCCGGACGUCGUCACAGUUGUGCUGCUGUGUGCUUAUACACUAGUACAGCGCUCAAUCAGAGCCAAUGAUGUCCGGAAGCAAGAGAAAAGAAGCAGCGGUGAUGUGGAGGGGGCUGCUAGGAGGUGCAAAGCAAUAACCAUGGCAACAAAAGUGAAAAUUAUUGAGAGAAAAGCUUUACAUUGUAUAUUUGUGUUGAAGGUGUAAAAGACUCACUUUUUCGGACUUGCAAACGAAUCCAACUUAUGGAACAGAACAGUCGGGGACUUACUGUACUGGUUUGUAUUGGCUGUCUCCAGUUUCCCGUUUGUUUUGCACAAAAGGGGGUCUAUUGCAGGCUUCGCCAAAUUAACACUGUGUUGUUUCCAUGGUUAUGGUAAUUAGUGACAUUUAAUAUGGAGACAUUUGAUAAACAUAGGUUUAGUAAUUUGGGGUUCUUUCCCAAAAAGGCAAAUAUAUAAACAAAACAAAAAACAAAAAAAGUCCCACCAGAUGCCACCUGGACAUAUGAUCUUUGAUAACAUCUGCUCAAGUCCUCCUUGUAUUUGAACAGUAAUUGUAUAGAAAUUAUUUUAUUCUAACUUGCAAAAUAAAAUAAAAAAACUGGAAUACAAUCAAAGCAGUAGGUUAAAAUGAUCAGAGUAUCAUCAGAAGGUGUUGCAUAUUACUGACCCUUGCUCCCUCUGCUGUGGUCACCUUUACUUUUUAUUUGCCGAGUUUUGAACCUAACUUCCUAUCCUGUUGUUUAUCAACUACGAUAAAAUAAAACUUCCAAGCACUCUGUUGCUUUGCUUUCCUGGAGGUCUUAAUGAGUUAAAAAAGGCAGAUGUAUGGCAGAUAUCUAUCAUGUCUGCCAUUCUGUAACAGUUCCUAGAGGGCGUUUUGUUUCUUGAGGGAGUGCCAGUUGCCAUGGUAACCCCUGGACGUGGCCAUUAAUACUUCAUAGUUUUGUUUUAUAUUCGUUGUUUAUUUUUAGUGUCUUUUUAAUUUAUUGCACUAUUUCAUAGUUGAGUUCAACCUUCGCAGAUGUGACAUAAGACUCUAUAAGGCAGGAGGUGUGUGACGUUGUUAUUGUACUUAUAAAUAGGGUAUAAAUUAUUAAUGAAACUUAAAUAUAAAGUCUUAAAAACAUUUUGAAUUGUUUUGGUCCAUAGACUGGCCUGUGAUUUGAUAUCAACUCAGAGAAUUUAGAACAGGAAUGAACCGGUAUUAUUGAAGGGCCUUUCAAAAACGUAAUGCUCCUUGGUGCGUUCCUCUGGAGUGAAACCUUAAAGCAGGGGUGUCUAAUCUUAUCCGCAAAGGGCCGGUGUGGGGCAGGUUUUCAUUCCAACUGAGCAGAAGCCACACCUGAGUCUACUGAAAGCCAAGAUCAGUUGAUUAGCCAGUUGGAAUCAGGAGUAGCUUCUGCUUGGUUGGGACGAAAACCUGCCCCCACACCGGCCCUUUCUGGAUGAGAUUGGACACCCCUGCCUUAAAGGUUCUCUACAGACCACAGAACUGAUUCCAUGAAGAAGUACCAAGAACCAAAAUACCAGGUUCUAGCUAUUAAAAAGAAAAUCAUGAGCAAUAAUUUGGAGUGUGUACCACACACUUACACUGAUAAUACACACACUUUUCGUUCUUCAGAGGAUUUUUAAGGGUUCUAAGGAAUAUUCAAGGUUCUUAGUCUCCAGAAAAAGGAACCGUUUCCUAGUGUUUUGUAGUGUUCCACAGAGAACGUUUCAGGAACAAGCUUUAAGUCUUCAGUUUAUUUCAGAGUGUUUAUCUAAGCACUGAUUUCUACAAAUGUUGGGAAAUGAUGUGCCUCCACUGCACAGUGUGUUUACAACUGGUUUAUUUGUGCGGGUUUUUA